AUGCAAUCGGUUUCUCAACAAUCAGCUGCUUUACAUACAACGAUACAAGACAAAGAAGCGGAUUACAUUAUUAUUUCACAUAUCAGUCUAUUACUUACUUCACUCAAUCAAGAAAAUUUUACUUCCAUUAAAAGUGAAAUUUACUAUUUGCUAGACAAGACAUCCAUCCAAACUUAUAUCAAAUUUUGGAAAAGAUUAUUAAUUCUUUGCACAAACGAUAUCAAAGAAAAGGGUAAGUUUUCCACAGAAGAUAAUUUAUUACAUAGACUCUUAAAGGAUCUUUUUGAAACUCUAAUUGACAAGGAUUUUCAAUUCAUACAAAUCUUAUUGGACCAAAUAUUUAAUAACCUCGAGUUUCGACAACUAACUAGUUUAACAUUAGACCAUCUUAUCAGAAUCUUCGACAAAACUUCAUUAAGAGAACAAAAAAUUAUUGAAUUACUAAAUCCAUCAUCAACACUUGCAGAAUUAAAAACACAAAUCUCGAAUAUAAAAAUGAAUAAUCAAAAAUAUUUCCAAACAGUCUUACAAAAAGCGACACCCAAUUCCUUAGAAUCGACUUUCACCGCUCUAUUAGUUUCAUUAUCAGGUGAAACUUUAAACGAUAUGGUUGCAUUGUUACUUUCAGAAUUAUUGUCUCCUGGUUCACAAAAUGUGCAAGCAGAUCCAUACAGAUCAUAUUUCACACCAGCAAUUGUUGCCGAGGCAACAACUGUGGGGACCCAUAUAGCAAACGCAUUCAAAGGCAUUCCUGAAGAUAGUAUCGAUUGGAAUCGUGUAUUUAAUUUGAUGUCCACAAAAUAUUUCUUAAAGACUCCAAUGAAACCAACUCUUGCCUCAUUAAGCUCACUAUUUGCCGCUUUGCAUACAGGUAAAUUAUUUGAUCAAUUCUUCAAUUGUGAUUGGCAUAUCAUUUUCAAAUUAGAAUUAGCUAUUCAAUUGCACAAAUGGUCUCCGCAGAAUGGUUGUCUUGAUCUUUUGGCAAUUGAAGGUACAAAGAAAGUUUGCGAUUCUCAAGAUUCAAUGAUAAAUAAUAAUACAUUACUUUACCUAAUGGCUGUGGCGACUUUAGAUUUGGAAAUUUUCUUAUUAAGAGAAGAAUUGACAAAUAAUCCUAUGUUACAACUUUUCCAAGAAUUUUUCUUUGAAGACUUCAACUCUUACCCAGUACAUUUGGUUUAUGCCUUAAUUAACAACAUGAAACAUUUCACCCUAUUAAUUGAAAAUAAAAACGUUAUAGAUGAAAUCCUUGUCACUUUAAUGGUUCAAAUUUAUGAAACAACUCCUUUAGCAAUUGGAAAUAUCAUCGAUCAAUUACCUAACCCGGAUAAAAUUGUAGAUGUUGGAAGAAUACUAAUCUUAAAGGAAAAAAAACCUAUGGGUCCAUUACUUCAAAUUUUAUUGACAAAGGGGAAAUUAGAUUCAUUUUUAAAUAAACUGCCAUUUGAAAAUGCAAUUAAAGUCUUACCAACAGCAAAUUCUUUAGGAUGGGAAAACUGUAAUGACUUUAUUAAACAAAAUUUGGAUUCCACUAAUACCCAAAUCAUUUUAGAUUCUUUAGAUACUCAAUUGAAAUUGACAGAAUCAAACGUUCCAAUGGGAUCUUCUCAAAUAUUUGAUAUGAAAACAAUGCAUUCUUUAAUCCUAAUCUUGAACGCUUACCCGUUAACCGAACCACAAUUAGAAAGAUUUGAAAAAAUUCAAUUCUUACUACUAUUAGCUUUCCCAAGAUUAAUCAAUUUCGGUUUCGGUCAUGAUGAUGCCAUUUUGGCUAAUGUCGCCUCACCAACUAUCCCACAAGAUAUUGAAAAGGAAAUGCAAAACUAUUUACAAAAAAUGUAUAGUGGAGAACUAGCUAUUAAAGAUAUCAUUGAAGUAUUAAGAAAAUUAAGAGAUAGUGACAACCCAAGAGAUCAAGAUGUAUUUGCAUGCAUCACACAUGCAGUCAUCGCGGAAUCCAAUUUCUUCAAAGAUUAUCCAUUAGAUGCUCUAGCUACUACUUCUGUAUUGUUUGGGUCAAUGAUCUUAUUCCAAUUAUUACGUGGAUUCGUACUUGAUGUCGCAUUAAAGAUUAUCUUGGAUUUUGCUAAAGAAGGUCCAGAUUCCAAAAUGUUUAAAUUUGCCAUUCAAGCCAUUUAUGCAUUCAGAAUUCGUUUAGCUGAUUAUCCUCAAUAUUGUAAAGAUUUAUUGGAUCAAGUGCCAGGAUUACAAACUCAAUCUCAAGUUUACCAAUUUAUUCAAGAUGUCGCAAAAUCAUCAGAACAACAAGCACAAAAACCUGCAACUCAGGAAAUUGCUAAACCAAAAAUAGAAAUGAUUCCAUUGAAGUAUUUUGUCAUUGAUGAUAUACAAUUCCACGUUGUGCAAGAAAGCCCACCUAAGGAUUUUGUGGAAAAAGUUUUAUUUGUAGUUAAUAAUAUUACCAUUGAUAAUUUCGAUACAAAAAUUAAUGAUUUGAAACCAAUUUUAACUCCAAAUUAUUUCUCUUGGUUCUCAACAUAUUUAGUCAAUCAAAGAGCAAAAACAGAACCAAAUUACCAUACUUUAUACAGUAAAGUUCUCGUUGGAAUCAAUUCAGAAGCAUUACAUGCAUACAUGCUUAAUGACACUCUAAAACAACUUUACAUUAUUUUAGCCACAAGAGACAUUCAAUUAAUCGAUAAGAACCAUUUGAAGAAUUUGUCAUCUUGGUUAGGUCAUAUAACUUUGGCCAUCGAUAGACCGUUGAAACAUCAAAAUAUCGCUAUAAGGGAAUUGUUAUUGGAUGCGUAUUCAGAAAAACGUUUGGAAGUUGUCAUCCCAUUCAUUUGUAGAAUGUUACAACUAGCUUCAGAAUCCAAAAUAUUUAGACCACCUAAUCCAUGGACUGUGGGAAUAUUGAAAGUUUUGCUUGAAUUAAAUGAAAAGGCUAAUUGGAAAUUAAGUUUGACAUUUGAAGUGGAAGUCUUAAUGAAAAGUUUCAAAUUGGGUAUGAAGGCUAUCGAUCCAUCGAACUUUAUUGGUCAACCAAAUAUCAUUGAUAAACUAUCAGGUAAAUCUGAAGCACUUUCAUUCCAACAACAACAAUUAGAGCAUCAAAGGCAAGCCGUAUUAAUGCAACAACAUCAACAACAAAUGAUGUUAUAUCAACAAAGACAACAGCAACAACAGCAACAGCAACAACGUCUUCUAUCUACUGGUAUUGCAGACCAAGCAGCAUUUGGACUUGAAUCUACAGUACCGCCAAAUGAUAAUCCCUUCAACAAUUUAUCUGGUUCUACUAUAUUUGUCACACAUCCAGAUUUGAAAAGAAUAUUCCAAAUGGCUCUUGCCAAAUCUGUUCGUGAAAUACUAUUACCGGCAGUGGAAAAAUCAUCAAACAUUGCUGUCUUAACCACAUCUAAAAUUAUUAUGAAAGAUUUUGCAACUGAACCUGAUGAAAUGAAGUUAAAUGCCGCAGCUACAACUAUGGUUAUGCAAUUAGCUCAAAGUUUAGCACGUGCUACGUCAAUUGAUUCUUUGAAGGAAGGUAUUCGUACUACCACUCAAUCAUUGGCACCAAAUCUAAUGAAUUCACCAAAUGCACCAAUGGAUGAGUUAGAUACCGCAAUUAAUGAAAAUAUUAAUACCGCUGUAUCAUUGAUUGAAAAAGCAGCAAUGGAUAAAGCAGUUCAAGACAUUAGUGAACAAUUAAUGCAAGCCGUUGCUGUUCGUCGUUAUCAUAAGGAACGACGUGCUGAUCAACCUUUUAUAGCUCCAAAUACUAAUCCUUACGCUCUUUCAUUACCUGAACCUCUAGGUUUAAAGAGUACAGGUGUUACUACACAACAAUUCAGAAUAUAUGAAGAUUUUGGCAAAUUUAUUCCGACUAUGGAAUCAGUGCCAAGUAUGGCCAUUUAUAAACAACAGCAACAACAAAGACAACAACAACAACAACAACAACAGCAACAAGCUCUUGGUCAACAGACCUCAGAUCAGAUCGGUACUGUGGCCACCACUUCUCCACCAAUAUCCCAUCAGCAAGUUCUUCACAAUAAAAAUAUUACUGCACAACCAAAUCAAGCACCUACACAAGUUCCUGGAAUGGCUAUUCAACAAUCCCUUCAAGUAUCUCAACCACAAAACUUACCUAACGGUCUUCAAGCUGAAUUAGAACAAAAUCAUCGUGUACUUGUUCAUUUGAUGGAUACGCUAGUUUCCCAGAUGAAGGAAAAUGCUGAUAAACAAAGUAUGGAGGAACUAGGUGAACAAAACCAAAUCAAGACCACAAUCUAUCAAAUCUUAACUUUCAUUGCAAGAAGUGGACAAAAGGAUCAAUUAGCUUUGAAAGUUGCGCAAGCUGUGGUCAAUAGUUUAUUUGCAACAAGUGAGAGUUCUCUUUGUAGAGAAAUUUUGUCACUAUUAUUGGAAAAGUUAUGUUCACUUUCGUUGGUAGCUCGUAAAGAUGUUGUUUGGUGGUUAGUUUAUGCCUUAGAUAGUAGAAAAUUUGAUGUUGCUGUUAUUAGAUCUUUAUUAGAUGUUAAAUUAAUCGACGUCUCAGAGUUAGAUAACGUUCUAGUCACUGCAAUUAAAAACGGUAUGGAAAAUUCCGUUUCAUUUGCUAUGAAAUUGAUUGAGAAUACAGUCCUAUCUGAUGAGCCAUUGUUAAUGAGAAUGGAUUUCAUUCGUACUUUAGAACUUUUAGGCUCCUUAAACGAUGAUAGUGUUAAAAAAUUCUUGACUAAGAAUGAAUCAUUAAAGAUACUUCCAGUUUCCAAAGACACUCAAACUACAAAAACUGAGAAAUAUCAUUUGGUAUUCACAGAAUGGGUCAAAUUAUUACAAAGGGUUGAUAGUGAUGACAAGAUUAUAUUUGUUUUCAUUAGACAAUUAAUAGAGAAGGGCGUGUUAGCUCAAAGUGAUAGUUUUGUUGAAUUCAUUAAAGCGUCCCUUGAAUUAUCUGUUUUAACUUUCAAAGAAAGUGAUCCUACAGGUGAAGUCUUCACAGCAAUUGAUGCAUUGGGUAAAUUGUUGAUGAAACUAUUUGUUUACCAAGAUUUUAACAAGUAUUCUAGAAGUGAAUAUAUGAAUAUUAUAUUUUCCGUCUUUUUAUUAGUGUUUGCUAAAGAUCAUGAAAAUGGGGAAGGUUCAUUUAACGAAAGACCUUAUUUCAAAUUAUUGUCAAACAUUUUAUAUGAAUGGAGUAUUCUUCGUAAUCAUAAUUUUAUUAAAGUUUCAGAUUCUCAAACAAGGAAAGAAUUGGCUAAUUAUGACGUUGAUUUUUACAACACUUUUGCAUCUUAUUUACACUCGUUGCAACCUUUUGCAUUCCCAGGCUUUUCAUUUGCAUGGAUAUCUUUGAUUUCUCAUAGAAUGUUUUUACCAAUCGUAUUACGACUACCUCAACAUGGUGGAUGGGAAAAACUAAUGUUGUUGAUCAUUGAUUUAUUUAAAUUUUUGGACCAAUACACCAUUAAAGGAAAUAUUUCAGAUGCUAUUUCUGUUGUCUAUAAGGGAACCAUUCGUAUAAUAUUAGGUAUUUCUAAUGAUGUUCCAGAUUUCUUAAUUGAAAAUCAUUACGAAUUGAUGAAUAAUCUACCUGCCACCUAUAUUCAGUUAAAGAAUGUCAUAUUAUCUGCUAUUCCAUUGAAAAUGCUUGUUCCAAGCCCAUAUGGCGUUGAGCUUGAUGUUGAUGCUCUUGAAUCAUGUGAAGAACCACCAAUGGUAUUUUAUGAUCCAGUUGCUGAUAUUGCUUCUUUGAAGAAACCUGUGGAUAACUAUUUACGUAUUCCUUCUAAUUCAUUAUUGAAAACCAUAAUGAAUGGUCUUUUAAGAGAAGAUUAUGAAUUGAAGAGUGGUAUUGGAUAUGAUACGUUAACUGUUAACAGUAAAUUAGUUCGUGCUAUUGUUUUACAUGUUGUAAUUGAAGCAGGCUUAGAAAAUGGAAGAACAUCAUCUAAUGCAGUAUUCAAUACAAAAUCUUCAUACUAUCAAUUAUUAUUUGAUUUAGUUCAUGAGGGAUCUAUUGAGUUAAAAUUCCAGGUUAUUCAAGUAAUGAUUGAACAAUUACGUUAUCCAAAUAUACAUACACGUUGGAUGAUUUUUGUUUUAAAGAAUAUGUUUACAUCAGAAGGUUGGUCAGAUGAAAAAUCUACCGUACAAGAAAUAAUUUUAAGAAGUAUAAUUGAACGAAUUCUUGUUAAUAAACCACAUCCAUGGGGGUUGUCUGUUAUUUUCACUCAAUUAUUAAGAUCAGAUAAAGUCAAAUUGUUAGAAUUGGACUUCAUUAAAAGGGUUCCAGAGAUUGAAAAUAUCAUCAAACAACUAGUCAAACAUUUAUCAACUGCUUGA